AUGCUUAGAUCCUCAGUUACUUGCCGCAUGGCAUCGAAGCGAUUGUUUGCUUCACCUAAACCAUCGCUAUUUCAUCGACAACCUUCACAACUUCUCACACGAUCUUUUUCGUCUUCCAGCAUAGCACAGUCUUAUUCCCAUGGUCACAACACAAAAGAUGCUGCUGAAAAUGUGGCUAAUAUGGGAUCACCCAUUGGCCCUAUUCGUCAUACUGAAGAAUUUGGCAGGACUACUUUUGUUGAAGAUCUUUCAACCUACAAUGAUGACGUUCUGGACGCCCACAAAGCCAAUACUAAGAUUCGCCAUUUUACAAUUAAUUUUGGCCCUCAGCAUCCUGCCGCGCACGGUGUGUUACGACUGAUUCUUGAGCUUAACGGUGAAGAAAUUUUACGAUCUGACCCUCAUAUUGGUCUACUCCACAGAGGUACUGAGAAGUUGAUUGAAUACAAGACUUAUAUGCAAGCUCUUCCUUAUUUUGACCGUCUUGAUUAUGUUUCAAUGAUGACCAAUGAACAAGUAUUUUCACUUGCUGUUGAAAAACUUCUUAACAUUGAAGUUCCUAUUCGUGCUAAAUAUAUUCGCACACUUUUUGGCGAAAUCACUCGUAUUCUCAAUCAUUUAAUGUCUAUUCUGUCACACGCCAUGGAUGUGGGUGCUCUCACCCCUUUCUUGUGGGGUUUUGAAGAACGUGAGAAGCUUAUGGAGUUCUAUGAACGUGUUUCUGGUGCUCGUCUUCAUGCGGCUUAUGUUCGCCCUGGUGGUGUUUCUCAGGAUCUUCCUGCUGGUCUUUUAGAUGAUAUUUAUAUGUGGGCUACUCAAUUUGGUGAUAGACUUGAUGAAACCGAGGAACUUCUGACAGACAAUCGUAUUUGGAAAUUCCGAACUAAGGACAUUGGCAUCAUUUCUGCCGAGGAUGCUCUCAACUACUCUCUUUCUGGUGUUAUGCUUAGAGGUUCCGGUGUUCCUUGGGAUAUUCGCAAGUCACAACCAUACGACGCAUAUGAUUUAGUUGAUUUUGAUGUUGCUGUUGGUAUAAAUGGUGAUUGCUAUGAUCGCUACUUAAUUAGAAUGGCUGAAUUCCGUCAAUCUUUACGCAUUAUCGAACAAUGUAUUAAUCAAAUGCCUGCUGGUCCUGUUAAAGUUGAAGACUACAAGAUCAACCCUCCUCCUCGCAAUUUGAUGAAAGAGGAUAUGGAAGCUUUGAUUCACCAUUUCUUACUUUUUACGAAAGGUUACUGUGUCCCUGCAGGUGAAACUUACACUGCGAUAGAAGCACCCAAGGGUGAAAUGGGUGUCUAUGUUGUUUCUGACGGUACAGAAAGACCAUACAGAUGUAAGAUUCGUGCUCCAGGUUUUGCCCAUCUUGGUGCUUUUGAUCAAAUUGCAAGGGGCCACUUUUUGCCUGAUGCUGUUGCCAUUAUUGGUACAAUGGAUCUUGUUUUCGGUGAGGUUGAUCGCUAA